AUGAGCUAUGACACCGAGAGAGAGAGAGAGAGCAAAGAGCCCACGGGCCGAUAUCCCAUCAUCACUCUUGGCCCUCGACGCCCGGUUCUUAUGCUGGCUGCUACCGUGCCAUUUUAUUGUCUGGCAUCCUCUUGGCAAAAUCCCAAGCAAGAACUAUUACAGCACAUCCUUAGCGGAGUGGCUGAUGAUCACCCGCGCGGGCGCUCUGCUGAUGGGCCUGGAAAUUUCCUUUCCCUCUUCCAUGUCGUUCCUCCGACGGCCAUUGUUAUCAUUGGAGUAAUCCGAACCGCUGUCUUGGCUUUCAAGCGGAGACAGUAAGAAUUUAAAAAAAGACAAAGGAAAAUAUGAUAUACCGUUUGGAGGAUUUGAAACUCAGAGACUCGGCCCACUCAGCCUUGUGUUCGCAGAGUACGUCUUAAUCAGGCUUAGUGAGACACCUGCGAUGCUCUCUCUCUCUCCGCAGUCUUCAGUUGAGGCUGAUUUUUAGAAGACGUGGCAUCUCAAAAACUCAGAACAACCACUACUAACUAUUGACUAUUUCCUUUCUUCGCCGAACUCCGUUGCCAGCGAAUCCCCGGAUGAUUUAUUCCAUUGGAUUUCCCAAGUACGUGUUGUGCUCAUGCCCAAGUAGUUAGUUAGUCCGUGUCUCAGAACAAAAAAAAAAAAAAAAAAA